AUGUCUUUUGAUUUACAGCCACAAUUCAGCUCAACAGCUACUGCAACUGCAACGGCAAUUGCAACUGCAACUGAAACAAAAAGAUUUGCACAAUUGAAUUCUCCACACAUUAAAACAAGCUUAAUUGAUGUCACCAAUAAGCUCCCCAUUAAACCACCGUGCCGAAUUCUAUUCAAAAAUGAAAAUGAACAGCCAUCAGGUAGUUUCAAAUUGCGUGGCAUUGGCCACCUUGUCAAGUGUUCAAUCGAAAAAGCAACUAAUGAGGGUGUUUCAAGAGAUAAGAUGCACGUUUUUGCCUCAAGUGGCGGCAAUGCUGGAUUGGCUGCUGCUUACUCGGCUGCAUAUUACAAGGUUCCAUGCACAGUCGUGAUACCAACAAUUGCCAAACCAGUGAUUCAAGAAAAGUUGAAGAAAUACGGAGCCAAAGUGAUUCUUUUUGGCGACAGCAUCAAUGAAGCUGACAAACAUCUUAAACAGUUGAUUCAUAGCAUCGGAGAUGCAGUCUACCCCAUAUAUUGUCACCCAUUUGACAAUCCGGUGAUAUGGCAAGGCCAUUCUACCUUGGUCAACGAAGUUGUGGAACAGAUUGGAGAAAAACACAAAAACAAUAUUAAAGGUCUUGUUUGCUCAUUUGGAGGUGGCGGAUUAUACAAUGGGCUUUUUCAAGGAAUGGUCAACAACUCUUUAUCAGGGGACAUUUUGCUUAUUGAGACUGCUCAAGCCCCAACUUUGAACGAGUCUCUCAAGGCAAAUAGCAUAAUCACACUCAACAACGUGAACUCAAUGGCGACAUCGUUGGCAUGCUCACACACAACAAAGCAGUCGUUGGAAUAUUACCACGACUCUACACGUGGUAUAACCUCCCACAUUUCCAUGAUCGAUGAUAUAGAUGCUCUUCGUGCUUGUGUAACGCACAAGAAAUGUUCAGGCAAGAUCAUUGAACCGGCUUGUGGUGCUGCAUUAUCUGUAUGUUAUAACAAGAUUGAUAUUUUGUUGAAGCGCUUUGCACACCUACAAGAAGAUGACAUUGUUGUAAUCGCCGUUUGUGGCGGGUCCUGUACUACAGAAAAAGACUUGGCCCAAUUUGAGCAACUCAUCAAGAAAUCGGAAACUAAGCUUUAG